GCGAGCGCACACGUUGUUGGAGGUUGGAAUAACCCGGAGAGUGUACUUUUCGACCAACUUCCGUCACAGACGGUCAACAAUUUGUUACAGCUGUUGUCACGAAUAUAACUCGCAUUAUGAAUAAGAUCAUCUUCUUGUGCGCGUUAGCGGGCGUAAUCGCCGCGGUUGUCGCCGAGACCUGUCAGAAGCCCGAGUUCACCACUUCGUCGUACGUGACGGAAGACGCGACGGUUCUCACGAACGUCGCCUUCACCAUGCAGUUCACGUUGAAGUGCAGCAACGGCGUCAAGGGAAUCAGUCUCUACGCCGAAGUCGAGGGCAAGACCCUGCCAGCGGUGAGACUGAGCGCCGACAAUAAAUAUCAGAUAUCUUGGACGGAAGAUGUGAAGAAAGCAAGAUCUGGUGAUUACUAUAUAAAACUGUACGAUGAAGAGAAAUACGCCGCUGUGCGCAAAGCAAUAAGAAACGGAGAAGAUCCCGACAGCGUGAAUCCUCUUGGUGUGCUUGUUCUCAACAAUCCCGGUGCCUAUCUCGGUCCCUGGGUGAAUUCCGAAUUCUUGGCCGCGUUCUUAGCUACUUUUGUGUGUUACACAGCAUUUUCUGCGAAACACAAACUUCUAGCGUAAAAAAAAACUUAUAGAAAAUAAAGUGAAUAUUUAAGCAAAAAUAUUCAAACAUCCAA